UUAUAAAAGCGUUCUGAGCACCGUCAUUUCACAUUCUCAUACUACUUUCUGGAGGAUAACCACAAUACCCAAAAUGUUCAAGCUUGCCGUCAUUGCUUUCUGUGCGCAGGCACUUGUGCAGACUGCCUACAGCCAGUGCAUCCCAUCGCUCGGCGCAGCCAACCUCAACUUCGUGCCCAACAUUAACAUCAACUCGCUUGGCUCGUCCAACUGCGGCUUAAACUCGCUUGGCGCGUCAAACAUCGCGUUAAACUCGCUUGGCGGGCCAAACAUUAACGUCAACUCGCUUGGCGGGCAAACCGGGUACGGCGGAUCUGGCACCGGAGAGUUCGUGGCUGUCGGAGAGCUGCCAGUGACCGGGAUGACUGCUGUGGACGGCAGUGUCCCGGUCUACGGUAUCGUGCAGUUCAACGGGAACAUCCCGGCUGGCGGGAUCGUGACUGUGCUUGGCAACACGCCCAACAUCUGCAGUUGCUCGUGCCCCGGACUGGCGUACUAGGUUAUGGUGUUGAAUAAAUCGUUGCGUAAUUUUAAUUGGA